GACCGAAAUAAAGAGAGAACCCUACAGACAGACCAAAUAGAGAGAGAGAGAGCCCUAUAGACAGAAGGAGAAAUGAUCUAGUGAAUAAUUAGCUUUUAGCUGAUAUCUGCAUUGUAAAGCUGUACAGCGGGCAGGAAGUUAGCCAGGCAGGCCCUGGGCUAGGGGUGUAAAGUUCACCACACCUUAGCCAUUGUAGAGGUGGGUAGCAGCAUUCUCUCUGUGGAUCCCUCUCUUAGUCACAACAAGACAACAUCUAUUGAUCCUGUUCCUGAUCCGUGUUAGGAGGAGGAGUGGGUUCUGAGACUUCCAACUGAAAGAUCACAAACAGCCAUACAUUACCAUUAUUCUCUGGGUGCCGUUGGCAACAACCAAUACAAUGAUAACAAAAGAUUUGCCGUCGGAUCACAUCUAUGCGUACGCUCUGUCCAAGACUCUGAUUAAAGUGUCCUCUCCUGCUACAGUGGGCCUCUACUCAUCAUGUCAGAACCGCAUCAACAUGAUCCUCAGAUAUAUAGAGGUCCACAUGGAGCAGGAGGCAGAGAGGAGGGAGCAGAGUUACCAGGGCAGAUCCAAGCCUCGUUCCGUCAAAGCCUCCAUCACUGGUCUCCUAACUCUGAUCUGCAGGCUGCUGUUCUACCGACCCGUCUGGACCGAGGAGAACCAGCGGCGGAAGAAUGUCCGGUUCAUCUAUGUUCGGUUCUCCGCAUGGCACUUCGCCGGGAGUGACCUCCUCUGGGCGGGGCUGGUGAUGAGACUGUGCCUGGCACUGCAGGAGAGCUUCGGGAAACUUCAGCUGGGCCUGUACCGCGUGGCGCAGCACAACGAGGAGGAUGAGGUGAAGAAGAAGGUGAUUGAAAACACAUCGUCAGAGUGGAGAUCUAAGAAGUUCUGCUGUUUCCCCCUCUGGUCCCUGGUCCUGGCCGUGCUGCUGGCUGCUCUCAUAGUCCUCGUCUUUCUGGGGAAGUAUGGCUUCCCGGAGGUUCCAGACGCACCUGAACUGGACGGACUGGGAUCCGGAAACGGAACAGGAGGAGAAGAAGGUCCGAGUGAAGCCCAAAGAGGGGCCGGGGUGUUGGAGGGCCUGGCGUUCGCUGUCUUCGGGCUUCCUGCAGCAGCAGCUAUGAGAUUCAUCUUCCAGAUGGGAAAGAACCUGAUCUUCAACCAGGACCUGAACGUCCGUAAGGCACUGGACAACGAGAGGGUCAGCGGCCAACUGGGGUUCAUGAACGAGGUGAGGAAGGAGAUGUGGCUGUUGUCCAGGUUCAUCCUGUUCAUGGAGGUAUUUGAGCAGAGGAGGAUCCGCGUGGUUCUGGAGAUCACUAACCUGGACCGAUGUGCUCCUAAGAAGAUCGUUGGUGUCCUGGAUGCUAUCAGUAUACUGCUCUCUGAUGGAGUCCCCUUUAUCUCUCUGCUGGCAGUCAACCCUGAGGUCCUGGUUCAACAGGUGAACUAUGCAGAUGGGUGCUUCAGUAAAGAAGACAGAGCCUAUGCCUUCCUGAACCGCAUCGUGACCCUGGCCUUCACCAUACCGCCGCUCUGCCACACCUCCAAGCACAAGGUGUUCUACAAUAUCGUUAGCGGCCAAUCAGAGAUCACGGAAGAAGCCAAGAGUCAUGGGUCAAAGGGGAUCGAGCUGGACCUGGGCAGCCCGAAGUCAUCCCUCUCCUGGAUCGAGAGCACCCCCCAAACAAAGGAGACGUCAAGUAUUCUGACGGAGGCCAGUAUUCCUUUGAUAGACAACAACCACAUCAAGGAGGCGCACGUGGCGUUUGCGCUGAGUGAGGACGAGGCGGACAAGGCGAUAGAAUCUGCGCUGGAGAGCAUCCUGUCCAGUAACAGAGGGAACCUCCACCACUACAUCUCUGAUGACACCAUGUCCAUGAGACGGGUCAUCAACUCCAUCAGGGUCACCGUGGUGCUCAUGGAGGCUCUGAAGACUGAGCUGCCUCCGCCAGAGAACAUCGCUGCCUGGGUCGUUCUUGCCAACCAUUGGCCCUGUCGUCUCAGCUGGAUCCUACAGUGUCUGGAGGACGAGCAGCAGAGAGCAGAGAUCGAUGACGUGUUCAGCGACUCGAGGAUGGAGCUUCACAUGAUGAGGGAGGAGAUCGAAGACCUGCUGGAGCAGGACGGAGAUCCAGAGAUGUUUGAGAUGUUCCUCAAGGUGCAUUUCCAGUUCAGGGUGAGGGACGCGGAGAGGUUCAAGCUGACCACGGUUAACCUGGAUCAUUCUAUCAGGAGGGAACUGGCCCGGAUCAGAGGGACCACCGGACUGAAGAAUUCUGGGUGGGGGAGGAACCUGGCUCCUCUCAACAUCAGGACUGUUAUCAACAUGACCUCUGAGGACGUCUGCAAAGCGCUGGCGAGGAUAAACCUCCCUAAGAAGUACGCAGACAUCGUCCGUAGCAAUGACCUCACCGGCCAGGCCCUGGUCUUCGGUGAUCCCGACGACCUCAAACAGCUGCUCCAGAUGACCUUCGGGGAGUGGACGACCUUCAGACUCCACUUCCUGGGUAUCGGUGGGAGGGCCCAAAGUGGAGCCAAGGCCACUUCCCUAAACCCCAAACAACUGACCAAUCAGCAGUCCAAACAACCUCAUUUCGGUUCCCACAGCCACGGAUCAACAUUAAAUUUGUCUUUUUCUUGAUGCCGUGGCGAGAUAGAGAUGCAUGAUAAACGGAAUGGUCUGUGUAUUGAUGUGUAGUACCCAUGAGAACCUACCUAUCUAUUGUGUAAUAACAGUGAACUGCAUUCCUCUGUCAGCUCCUGUCGAGCUUUCAGUUGCUCAUACCAGGGUAAAGUUCAAAGGAAUGCAGUUCAUUUAACUGGUUAAUAGUUACUUAGAUUACAUUUUCCAUUACAUUUAGUUACAUUUAACUGGUUAAUAGUUAAUAGUUACUUAGAUUACAUUUUAGAUUACAUUUUUUCCACCACUGGGUGGCGUUGCCAUUGGAUACAUGUCAGAGAGACUUGCUGUCAACCAACAAAAUAAAAUAACACACAGAACAAUUUAACAAUGCAAAAGUAUAACAAAAAGGGUCUCUACUCAUAUUACAGAGGGGUAAAAGCUUCGUUCGACACCAAGUUGAACUUUGUAGCACCUACAGAUGAAAUAUGGUCUCAAGAGGAGGAGCCUGGGUAAGGCUGAAAUGUCCUAAAUAUACAGACUUCUUUCAAUUAUUUAUCAAUUAUGCUUUUAGAUACAAAUGUCAAUAAUAUGUCAACAAUCCUACCAGUGGAGGCUGCUGAGAGGAGGACGGCUCAUAAUAAUGUCUGGAACGGAGCGAAUGGAACGGC